AUGCCUCAGACCAGUAUGAACGUGAUAAAAGGACAGAAGGUGGUGCUGCUGGCCACAUACAGGAGUCCCCCAGACACCGACCCCAGCGCCAACACCAUCCUGUGGAACUUUUUCUCCGAUAGCCCACAACUGAUCAUCUCGUACACUAAGGACUCAGUGAACGUGGGCAGCUCGACUCAGUUCAAAGACAGAGUGGGCUUUGCGGACCCCAACCCUCUGUCCAACAUCUCCCUGUACAUCAACAACACCCAGGAGUCCGACUCGGGUCAGUACCUCUGCCAGGUCAUCGGCCCCGCCAUUUCGGGCUUCACCGCCGAGCUCAGCCUGGACGUCAAAGUACCUCCUGCUGUCCCAAAGUGCUCCCUGUCCGGGAAGCCCAUGGCGAAGGGGAACGUGACGCUGAGCUGCACGUCCAGUGCUGGCAAACCCAUCCCCGUGUACAAGUGGAAGAGGAGCAGCCCCACCUCCGAAGUCUUCUUCUCCCCGAUGCUCGACGAGAACCUGGGCACUCUGAAGCUGGCCAACCUGAGCUCCAGUAUGUCCGGGAAGUACGUGUGCACGGCCAGCAACACGGCGGGCUCCGAAAGCUGCGUCAUCAACCUGGACGUCAUUUCCUCGCCCAAUGCAGGGAUGAUCGUGGGCGCCGUGGUGGGCUCCGUGGUGGGCUUCCUCCUCCUGCUGCUCCUCUGCAUCAUGUACCUGCUCAAGAGGAGGCGGGACAACGAAGACGACAUGGCCAAUGAGAUCAAGGAGGACGCCCAGGCGCCUAAGCGGGUCUCCUGGGCCAAGAGCAACAUGGGCUCAGACAUAAUCUCCAAGAACGGCACGCUGUCCUCCAUCGCCUCCAGCCCGCGGCACAAAGAACACCUCCACCACGAACACAACCACCACAACCACCACCACAACCACCAGCAGCUGCAGCACUACCCCCGGAGAGCCCCCUCGGACACCGCCUCCAUCACCACGGCGACGGGCAGCGUGACGGGCUACAGACCCUCGCGGCAGCACCACCACGGCUCCUCCACGCCCACCCCGACCAACUACGACCACAGCGGCACCCUGCCCAUCGGCCAGGCCCCCCAGGCCCAGCCGGAGCGCUAUGGGCAUCUACCCCAGGCCCAGUUAGUGCCCCAGACGUACGGCCAGGCCCCGUCCCCUCCACCUCUGCCCACCUCCACCAUCACCCAUGCCAACAUUGCGCGCAUGGGUGGGGUGCCCAUUAUGGUGCCGGCUCAGAACCAGGCGGGCUCGCUGGUCUGA